AUGUCCCGAGACGCUGACGCUCGAGGAGGAGCGUCGACGUCGUUAAUCGAAGACGACUCCUCGAUGCGAAAUCAAUGGAUGAAAUUCAAAACGAAAUUUCUCGCGUGUUUCUGGGACUUCGAAGCCGAGCUCGCGGAUUGGUUCGGUUUGAACACCAGUAAGUUUUACGAAGAGUUGGAGAUGAAGGAAGAUUUAGAACGAGAGGAAGAGGAGGAGAAGGCGAGGAAAGAGAGGAAAGACGGGGUGGAAAUGGCGAAAAUGGAGAUGGCGUCUUAG